CCUUUUGAGUAACUCAUGUUAAUAAUACAAGUGUAGGUAACGUUAUCAACAGGAUAUUGUGGAGUCUAACUCGUUAAAAAUAUGUGAUAUAUCCGUACUUACAACACCAGAAAACGCGAAUUAGCUCUCAUUCUAACAGGAGUCACUGCCACGUUAACAUUCCUAUUUCAUGAUCUGCUUCUCCCAGUCGUGUAAUUGAAUUUUCUAAUAAUGGCUAUUAAUUUGUUUGAAACUGUUAGUAUUAGUGAUUAUUUCGGACGAACAACUAAUCCAAGAUAUUUGGAUUUGAUUUUACACGAACACUUCAGCAUCCUCAACAUGCCAAUACAUGGAACUUUCAAAAACUUUCAGAAACAUAAAAACAUAAAGAAGAAUCGUAAUAUGAGCAUUCCAUGCUGGGACAGUUCCCGUGUGAUUUUAAAGUCUGAUUGUGAUGUGGACUACGUACACGCUAAUUACGUAAGUGGAUUCAACGCUGAUAAGAAAUUUGUGGCAACGCAAGAACCAACAGCAGAGACGCUUUGUGACUUUUUUACCAUGAUUUGGCAAGAAAAUUCUUACAUUGUCGUGAUGUUAACCGAUACCGCACAACAUUCAAGGCCAAUAUGUCCUCAGUAUUGGGCUUCAAAUAAAGAUUGUGAUACGAUCUUAAAAAUAUUCAAAGUCAGUGCAAAAAAAGUGACUUUGCAUUACCAUUAUAGUGAAAUAACUUUAAGUAUUCUAAAUGAAGAGACUGGAGAAUCAAGAAUCAUACAUUUCUUCAAAUACUUCGACUGGCCAGCUCAUGGUGUUCCUGGUAACAUGGCAGGGUUUCUAGAUUUCAUCGUAGCCAUAAAUAAAAGGCAACAGUCUUUAUUAAGAAAAGCAUUGGUCAUUGACCAUAUUCUGCCAGGCCCAAUCGUAGUUCACUGCAGCUCAGGUAUCGGAACAGGUACACUUUGUGCUAUAGAUGCUUGCUUAUAUCAAAUGGUAAAUACAGCAACGAUUAAUGUACCAGAAGUUGUAUUCAGAAUUAGGCAUCAGAGGCAUUCUAGUAUUUUAUCCCCAGAACAAUAUGUUUUUAUAAAUAAUGUCUUACGUUAUUUCUUAGAAACUAUGCGAACAAAUAUAUGGGUACUCUUAGAAUUACGUUCCCACUUGUUUCAGAAAGAUUUGCAUUUAUUCUUAGUAUAAACAUAAAUAAGAUUCAUCUAUAAGUUGUAAGCUAGAAGGUACUGACAUUAAGACAAAAUAAUCAGCUAUUUGUAAACAUUAAUUAAAAUACAUCCGUCAUACUUGUUUGUUAUGAGUGCAUUUGGGCCUAAGUUUAUCAAUAUUCAAGUCACCGCAUGAACAACAACAAUGCUAACAAAUUAACUACCGUAUGAACUUAGAGUUGUUUCACAAUGCCAAUAAUGUAAUAUCUUCCACUUCAAGUAUAGUAGGACAUAAGCAAGAGUUUAACCGUCACCAACCUGAAAUCUUGAAAAUUUGAAGGCUGGACAACCUACACGUCAAAGAAUAGAUUGUAAACCUUCUGCUUAAGUAACUUUUUCAAUGAAAGGUGCAGAUUACAAUACACAAGAGAAUAUUAUCAUUUUUCGUUCACGACCCGGGAAAAAAUGAUUUUGCCUAAUUAUAUAUAAUUAUAUAUAAGACCUUAUAUAUAAUUAGAUCUAAAAAUUGGCCAGGUCUAAUUAUAUAUAAUUUAUAUAUAAUUAUAUAUAGGUUAUAUAUGAUUAUAUAUAAUACUUUAUAUAUAAUUAGAUCUGAAAAUUGGCCAGGUCUAAUUAUAUAUAAUCAUAUACAAGUUAUAUAUACUCAUAUAUAAUUAGAUAUGAUUAUGUAUAAUACAUAUAUAUAUCAUAUUUUAUAUAUAAUUAGAUCCGAAAAUUAGGCGGGUUUAAUCAUAUAUAUGAUUAUGUGUAAUUUAUAUACAAUUACGUAUGUUCAUGUACGAUUAAUAUUGAAGAAUUCAGA